GAAGAAUGGACAACAAUAUAGUGGCUACUUAUGAUACUUCUAGAAAAACACAGUCUAAUACUUCUUCGAUAUCCUUCCAUGAUGGACAUAAAGUGAUCAAUGAUCCUAUUCAUGGUCAUAUUCGACUUGAUAGUUCUACUGUUGAAUUUAUUGAUACUGUUCAAUUCCAACGUCUUCGUGAUCUGAAACAAUUGGGAUCUGCCUAUUUUGUCUUUCCUGGUGGAAGUCAUAAUCGAUUUGAACAUUCUAUUGGUGUAUCUCAUUUGGCUGGUACUUUGAUUGAACGAUUUGAAAAAGAACAACCUGAAUUGGAUAUCACAAAAGAAGAAAUUCAAUGCAUAAAAUUGGCAGGUUUAUGUCAUGAUCUGGGACAUGGACCCUAUUCUCAUGUAUUUGAUAGUGAAUUCAUGCCAAAGGCCAGACCCGGAUUUGAAUGGUCACAUGAACAAGCAUCGGAAAUGAUGUUAGAAUACCUUAUUGAAGACAAUCACAUCGACAUUGAUUCACAACAAACCAAUUUGAUUAAGGAUUUGAUUGCCGGUGCUCCUCGAUCAAAAAGUCAAUAUGAAGAUCGUGGUUUUCUAUUCGAUAUUGUCGCCAACAAGAAAAAUAGUGUAGAUGUGGACAAAUUUGAUUAUAUUGAACGUGAUGCACAAAACCUUGGAUUACGAAGCUCAUAUGAUGCCAAACGAUUAUUAUUAUAUAGUCGAGUAGUAGAUAAUGAAAUAUGUUAUCAUCACAAGGAAGUCUAUAAUUUGUAUGAAAUGUUUCAUACUCGUUAUAGUUUAUUCAAACGCAUUUAUACACAUCGAGUUGGCAAGGCUAUUGAAUUGAUGAUCACCGAUGCAUUAUUGGCUGCAGAUCAACAUUUGGGUAUCUCAUCCUCUGUCCAGAAUCCUGAAGAAUACUUGAAUUUGACCGAUGAUAUCUUGAGAGUCAUUGAACGAUCGAAAUCCCCAGAAUUGGCUGAUGCUAGAGCCAUUAUGAAACGAUUACGUACUCGACAAUUAUACAAAUUUGUGGAUGAAUUCUUGAUACCACCCACUUUGGUUGACAAAAUUACGACGGAUGUCAUUACACCUCAAGAAAUUGUGUCACAUCAGAGUACAAACGAUAAUUUGGUGGUAGAUGAUGUUAUUGUAUCCAAAGGCAAAAUCAAUUAUGCUAUGCAAGAUCAAAACCCUGUUGAUUCUAUUCGAUUCUUCUCUAAAUUCAACGACAAUGAAUCAUUCACUAUACCCAAGCAUCAUGUAUCGUAUAUGAUCCCAACUCAGUUCCAAGAAGUGGUGAUUCGUAUUUAUACAAGAAAUCCAACCAAGGUACAAGCUAUCCAACAAGCUUUUCGAAAAACAUUACGAACUUUUUGCCCGAACAAGGAUCCAAAUGCCGAUGAUACCUUCGAAAUGAACGAUGCUUUGACUCUCCCCAACGAUUUCGACAUGAUUCAAGCAAAUAAACGCCGACGAUCGGUGCUAAGCAGUACCAACGAUCAUCAUCAUCAUCAUCAAAAUGGAUCAGAUGUGGUGAAAAAGUGGACUUUGGAUGUGGAUACUUCAAAUUAGAUGAUAUAGAUUAUAGUAUGUAGUUUUUUUUUUUUAUUUUUUUUUUAUUUUUUUUU